CUCCAUCCCCGCCGCACAAUGACCCCGCGUGGUUCCUCUCCCACUCUCCAGCUCCGGCCUCUUUCUCUCGCUGAGAUUGUUUUUGUUUUUAACUUCCCCUCCUCCCACCCCACCCCAUGCUUGAUUUAUUUUUUUCCCCGCCGCUGCGGUGCCCCCCGAACCCCGAGUGCCCCCGAAUCCCGUGCCACGCGCUGAGCUCCUCCGCACCCUGGGGCUCUUGUGCCUCUCUUGUCCCGCCGGUGCCGGUCGUUUGUCCCCCCCCGGGGGUCUCUGGCUGGGAAUUUCCCCCCAGACGGGCCCAGAGGGGGUGAGAGCCCCCGUUGGAGGCGGGGGGAGGUCGGUGGGAGGCCCCUUCCCCUCCCCCGACCGGACACCGCCUGAAACUCCCUUUGGUUCCCCCUCUCCAGGCUUCAGCCAGGGGGGUCCCGCGGGCAGCUCCACCAUGUCGGACAGUGACCCGGGGGACGAGGACGGGGCCACAUCCCCUGACCCCUCGCAGUGCAAGAGGAAGAGAAGGGGCAACCUCCCCAAGGAGUCGGUGAAGAUCCUGCGGGACUGGCUGUACGAGCACCGCUUCAACGCCUACCCCUCGGAGCAGGAGAAGCUCAGCCUCUCAGGGCAGACCAGCCUCUCUGUGCUGCAGAUCUGCAACUGGUUCAUCAACGCCCGGCGGCGGCUGCUCCCGGACAUGCUGCGCAAGGACGGCAAGGACCCGAACCAGUUCACCAUCUCCCGCCGCGGGGGCAAAGCCGGCGACGUGGCCGUGCCGCGGGGCGCUGCCGCCGGCUCCGGGCUGCUCGUGGUGCCGCCCGCGGGCGCCUCCAAGGUGCUGUCCAUGUCGGUGUGCCCGCAGGUACUGUGCCACCCGGCGCGGGCGCUGGCCGUGGUGAGCGCUCACAGCCCCGAGUGGGAGAAGCCGCCCGGGCCCGAGGCCGUGCCCAGGCCCGGCAGCACCCUGACCCUGCUGGCGCGGGCCGAGGCGGGCAGCCCCACACCCGGACUCUUCAACACGCCGCCCCCCACGCCCCCCGAGCUCUUCGGGGACGACUUCAGCAGCUUCCAGCUGCUGGUGGAGGUGGCCCUGCAGAAGGCGGCCGAGUUGGAGCGGCAGCGGCAAGGGGGGCAGCUCUCCCCGGCUGCCCACACCGACCCCCCCGGAGCCUCCAAAUAACGUCGGGCCGGGCCCCGCAGGGUGCCCUUCUCGCGGGGGGCCCGACCCUCCUGGCUUCCGCCACAUCCCCACAGCCCACCCCAGGAGCGGC